AUGAGUUACGUGGUCGACAGCACGGACGUGGAGUUCGCGGUGGACCAAACCUCAACAAUGGCGGAGGAGGCCGACCAGGCCAGUGGUGCGUGGGACACUGCCGGAGCGCUGCCCCACGACGAUCAUGGUGAGGAGGAGCAGCCCUACAUGACUCCCUACGAGACCUUCAACGUCGACAUUGAGAGCCGAUUGACGUACGCGCAAGCGAUGGACAACUCGGCCGACACUAUGGCUGCGGUCUACGGUUCUUCGGAGGUGGAGCAGGCCAGCGGGACAGCUCAAGGGGUCUACGCCUACGCCGACCAAGCUGGCGCGCCGGAAGCCGUGGGGGGCGAAAGCGAAGACGACAGCGACAGCGACAGCGAAGACGAAGAGGAUCAACCGGUGAUCAGGCAAAGAUGCCAAACAAAGAACUGGAACGAGCAGUUUCAGCGACUGUUGAGCUUGGAGCCGUCGGCAAAUAAGUUCGCCGAGAUGGCCCGCCUGGCGCACGACUUCGUGUUUGCGGCUGAGACCUAUGGCAAGAUCAUCAUCUCCGAACUGGGCCUACAUGAGUCGAAGAAGACGAUCAAGCCCAUCGCGGUGGGUGGACAAGCUGGCGGCGAGAAGUACAUCGUGCAGGGCAUCUUCUUCAAAUUCGCCACCGACAUCUUCGGCAUCUACGGUGGCGAUGAAUACGCCAUGAAGGCGGCCUCGCACGAUCUGAAGGGUUUGAUCCACUACUACAGUUGCCAGAUUCCUGGCCUUCACGUUCCUCUCAUGGCCCUGAUUGACUAUUUGGGCUUCCGGCUGAUUGCCAUCACCAUCCUGCCCAUCAACGCCGGGACCCUCCGAUACGGCUCGUGCGACGCCGGCGUCACCAUCCACUGCGAGGACCCGACGCUCAAAGCGAUGAUGAAGCAGGCCGCCCGCAAGAUGCACCUGCGCGGCCACUACGUGGGGACGCCCGAAGGACUGGGCAAGAAGAUCUACGGACCUGUGGACAUUGAGGCGCACAAGGGCACCGACGAUCGCUACUACGUUGUGGACUUUGCCCGCACGUUCCCUCCCGAGCGCCCAGACCCUGCCAAUGUGGGGCGUAAGGGCAUCAUUCUGUACAACCUGCUGCGGCCGGAGCUCGUCAAAUCGAACAAGGUUCCGCUGUCAUCCGAUGCCUACACCAUUUGGGCUCGGGCCGACAGUAAGAAGGAUCUCUACAACUUGCAAGUCACGGAAGCCACAGAGCGGCUAUUCAAGGAGGUGAUUCCCCAAGUCGCGGCCAGGCUCAACGAGCUCCAGGAAAGUGCAGACAAGGGCAAGACCCACCUGGACCUCAUCGAAGUGCUCCAUUCGGCUGGCGUGAACGUCCGUCACCUCGGGAAGAUCCGCCAGUUGGUCAACCCGAAGCUGCAGCAGACCACCCUGAUCGAGGCAUGCCUGCCCCUCCUGUGUUUGUGCAUGGUGGCGCGCAUUGUCAGGAAGCAGAUCGCCGAGAAGUUCAGGAAGAAGACGCGGGCGAUGGGCCUCCCCACCGAGGAUCCCCAGAAGAUGGCGGCGGUGAAGCACCUCAACAUGCUGCUGGGUCGCCACCGUAACUCCAACUACUACUGGCGCACUCUCAAGCGAUCCCUUAUCAAGAAAUUCUCGAACUGUCUGCUGGCGCACGAGCUGGUAGCGGGCUAUGAUCUCCGCCAGAGCUUGGACAUCAUCAAGUUCUUCGACCGGUUGCGAGCGCUAUCGCCCAACACCAUACCGCUCACCGAGGAGGCCGCCAAGGACUUUGCCAGGGCAAUCCAGGACAACGCAAAAAUGAGCUGGGGCGAGUGGGUACCGAACUUUAAGUUCCUCCUGUCGGACAUGACCGCGCUGCACGCCACCGUGAAGCACAUGAACCUGAUCGAUAUCGCCGAGGCCAGUGCCAUGUUCUACCAGGGACUGGAAGAGAAGGGCUACGAUCAAACGCGCCUGCUCAUCCAGGGCAUGGGCAAGUUCCAGAUCGCUUCGCGUAAGAUGCCGUUCCUCAACGUCGACACUAUCAUCCUGCUGGGCGACAUGCUUGUUGCUCAGGCGAACAACUCCUCGGACAGAGACGCGGUUUCGUUGAUCCUGUCCAAUGCCCUCAUCGCCUAUCAGACAGCCCUCAACAUCCAGCCGAACAAUACAAAAUGCAUUAUCGGCGUGGGCAACAUUCACGCCAGACGCCAACAAUGGGCGGAUGCGAUUGCCACUUACAAGCACGCCAUCGAGGUUGAGCCGAAGACGGCCUUGGCCUAUUUGCAAUUGGCAAAGGUGUACAAGGACAAGGGCGGGCUUACCAGCAAUGCAGUCGCGGCUGCAGAGGAGUGCCUUAGGAAGGCGGUGGCGAUCGAACCCACCUACUACGAGGCGCUGGUGAUGUUGGCCGAGCUCAUCAUCACCAGCACCUACCUAAGACUUGUGGACAACAACGUGAGCGAGGUAGACGAGGCAACGAGGCAGACCCUGGCAGAAGUGGGCGGCAUGUACGAAAACGCUCUUUCCUUCAGGGCCAAUGACGACGCAGCCUACGAUUUCGUCGACAAGAUGAUCGCGCAUGUCGUCAAUCCCGAUCCGAAGGCGUACAAGUGGUUCGAUCUUUCUCUGGCCCUGUUGUGGCACGUCGUCGAGGCGAGUCCCGCCUUUAACAACCUCGUGUCUGGCAAACUGGCGAAUGUCGAUGCACUCCACUUUCGCCAUUGUCAGCGCGUCCUCACCGACCCGAUCUUCCGCGGCAUCGCGUGGGCCUCUCCCGCGAUCCACACGCUGGUUCUCGAGGCGAACGAAACGGUCACGGAGGAGACGAUGUUGGCCUGGCUCGACCACCACCCAGUCCCGCUGCGCGAGUUCUCGCUCAAGGGCUGCCCUGCGCAGUUUAGCUCCGCGCUGCUGCUCAAGCUCGCCUCGCUGCCCCGCCACACCCACGCGCUCGAGACGCUGCGCCUCCCGGGCUUGGCCGUGACCAAGGAAGCCCUACUCGCCAGCUUCGACGGCCGCGCCACCAAGCCCGCAGCCGCCGCCGGCGAGGCGGACACGUCAGCAAAUGUGUCGACAGAGGCGGACACGUCAGCAGAGGCUGCGGCGCAGGAAGACGACGAGGUUGCGAAGGAGAAGAACGGUCGUUGGAGCCGCCUGGCGACGCUCAACAUUUCUCAGAUUCCCGAGGUCGACGACGCGGUGAUCGCGGAGGUUGCGCGGCUGCCCGCGCUCACGGCGCUCGAGUACAGCGGUGCCGCUGCAGUCACCAGCGCCGCCCUCGAGCAUCUCCCCUCCCAGCUCAUAUCGGUGAACUUCGGUGGUGCGGUCAGUCUGAGCGGGCUGACGGCGCUAGCCAAGCGCUGCUCGGGCAUCACCCGACUGUCGCUGAAGGGCGUGACGGGCCUCCCCACCGAGGACGCCUUCAAGCUGGCGCCUCUGCUUCCAGCCCUGACGCACUACCAGAUCCCCACCGGCAAUGUCUAUCUGUACUCGGGCACGAAGACUUUAGAGGUUAUGUACAGCGAUAGGGGCGCGAUCAAGUUCCACAUCCCCAAUGGCCCGGAGCUGUACCAGCUGCGCACCCAGCACCAGACCGUCAUGGAAGGACCGGACGGCUUCAGUCUCACCAUCUCCAAUAUGCCCCACAACAAGCUGAUCGCCGACAAAGGGACCGUCAUUGCCCGAGCCACAUUUGCCCCAGCAGUCGGCUGGAACAUCGCAACGGCGGUUGGUGGAUUGUCGACGGUCACCCUUAUCCAGUACCACCAGAUGACAAGGUCAUACGUCGUCCAGCCCCGCCUGGUCGACAUCACCUACCAGCCCCAGCUGGGCCAGGCCAAGCUCUACAUCCGCCCGGGCACCAACGUCACCCUCCUCCUUGCCUUGUUCGGCAUCGCCUUCGCCGUCAAAUAA